GGAGUUGUAGUUCUGACAAGCCACAGGUUGCAGACUCCCUCGUAUUAUACAGUAUAAUGUAUCCAUUUGUAUCACGUGACCCCCAGGGUUGUUACAAUGUAUCAGCAGUUGCUGUGGCCCCCUGGGCUCCCCCCGCUGUGUCAGGAGAGACUGUGAGGUGGCAUUAUACACACAUUCCUGCAGAAUCCAACACAAUCCCCCCCCCGUCCACGGGAGCAAAGAAAACUACAGCUCCCAGCAUGCUCUCCGGCCGCAGGCCGCUUCUGAUUGGUCGGAUAGCAGCUUCUAUUUGGUGUGUGCAAUGUGAGGGAGGAAGCCGAGGCUGACAUGCAGCUAUGAAGAGGGAAACCAAAGAAAUCGCCAGCCUUCCCCAGGACACAGAGAGUAUGGAGAGCAAAGAGAACGGCUCCACAGACUCUAAAAGCUCUAUAGAGAAUGGGAGACCACCGGAUCCUGCGCACUGGGCCAUUGAUGAUGUCGUCAAUUAUUUUAAGGCGGCUGGAUUUGAAGAACAAGCAACCGCAUUUAAGGAUCAGGAAAUCGAUGGUAAAUCUCUCCUGCUCAUGACCCGAAAUGACGUGUUAACCGGACUUUCUCUAAAAUUGGGUCCGGCUCUGAAAAUCUACGAAUAUCACGUAAAACCGCUGCAGACGCAGCACCUCAAGACCGGCUCCCCGUAAGACGCCGUCUCCUAAUGUUGGCUACGAUGUCUUCAAACCUGAAGCCAAAUAUGAACUGUCCAUGAGGAUGCAUGACCGGGGGGAAUGAGCACGCAGAACCAGUGCAGAACCCUUGGGUCCUAUAUGGAAAACUUUUUUAUUUUAUUUUUAAUUUCUCUAAGACUAUGAGAACUCGGUUAGUAUGUGACCCUGCAUGGAAAAAAAAAAUCCCAAUAUUUGUACAGAACUGUCACCCCCCACCCUCCGCUAGGUCACAUGACUUUAUGCCUGGGAUUACUAUGAGAUAUGACAUUUAACAUUUUUUAAUAUUGAUCCUUAUUGAUACCUGACGUAUCCAAAUGUUGAAAUGACUGUGCCCCCUGGUUGCACUAAUUGAGUAAGAUGUAAAUGAAUUUUUAGAUAUGUGGAAAAAUUAAAGGGGGUUAUCCAGGAAAAAAAAAACUUUUUUUAUACAGUAUAUAUCAACUGGCUCCAGAAAGUUAAACAGAUUUGUAAAUUACUUCUAUUAAAAAAAAAUCUUAAUCCUUUCAGUACUGCUGAAGUUGAGUUGUUCUUUUCUGUCUAAGUGCUCUCUGAUGACACCUGUCUCGGGAACCGCCCAGUUUAGAAGCAAAUCCCCAUAGCAAACCUCUUCUACUCUGUGCAGUUCCCGAGACAAGCAGAGGUGUCAGCAGAGAGCACUGUUGCCAGACAGAAAAGAACAACUCAACUUCAGCAGCUGAUAAUUAUUGAAAGGAUUAAUAUUUUUUAAUAGAAGUCAUUUACCAAUCUGUUUAACUUUCUGGAGCCAGUUGAAAAAAAAAAAGAAAAAAAAAAAAGCUUUUUCCUGGAAUACCCCUUUAAAUUUAGGUAUAGGAAUAUUUAAUUAUAUAGGGCCCAGAUUCACUUCUAUACAGGUCUUACCCGUAGUUUAUACAAGUGCCUAUUGCUCUCUGUAUCACCAGCCCCUUAUACAGCUGAAUUACUGGGUCCGCAGAGUGAAUAUUGAGCCAGGUUUGCUGUCCAUAAUGUGCAAUAGUAUAGCAGGAAUAAUCCAGACUAGGACAGAUAGGUAAUUGACUUUUCAUCCUGAAAGUUAGUAUAAAGUAUAGGAGGAUUCCCCUAACCUAGUGGUCUGCCAACUGUGUUGCAAAACUACAACUCCCAGCAUGCCCGGACAGCCGUUGGCUGUCCGGGCAUGCUGGGAGUUGUAGUUUUGCAACAGCUGGGGGUCCGCAGUUUGGAGACCACUGCCCUAACAUUAAAGGGUUACUCCCAUGGAAAACUUUUUUUU